CGCUCAAGAUGAAUUCAAGUGUCUUAUUUGCCAUUGAAAUUUGCACCUUCUGCAUGUGCCUGGGCUUGGUUGAGGGGGCACCAACCUACACCACGACCCCUGUGGGCAUCACAAGUCCAGAUGAUACGGUUGCCCCGACGUCAAAGAAAUAUAUAUGUGAUUUCGACAAAUGGGAGCAGUUCAAGAUUGAUUUCCAUAAGACCUUUGCCAACGACGAUGAUGAAUUCAAACAUUUGUUAAUAUUCUGUGAUAAUCUGCAUCAAAUUCAACACCACAAUGAAUUAUUUAGACAAAAGAAAGUUGGCUUUAAAAUGGGCCUAAAUCAAUUUAGUGACAUGACAAAUUUAGAAUUUCAAAGAAAAAUUCUUGGUGCUCAAAUCUAAUAGAAAUAAAAUAUAUAUAGAAAAUAAAA